CGCAGUUAUCACCUUCGCUCUUUAUUCUGUUUUUGUUUUCAAGAAGAUAAAAACACCGCGAAGGAGCAUUUAUGUGAGCAUUUUUAAAAUUAAUUAAUUAUUAACAGCAGGCUAGUCGAAGGGUAAACUUCCCGACGCGAAGUGCGUUCACGGCAGGGAAUAUUUAAAUAUAAGUACGAAAGAAAACACUUCGGUUUAUCUUUUUCAUUUGGAAGAAAUUUUCACCUCCAGUAAGAUGGUGGCCAUGCUGCCUAUGUUAACGAUGAAUGAAAAUCAUGACAAUCAAAAAGAAGAAAAACCUUCAAGUUUGGGACAGGUUGUGAUUUACGAAUCUGGGAAAGCACUACUGAAAGUGGAAACCGGUACAACAGUUGAAGUGAUGAAACUGCUAUACGAAGCCGAAAAUAAGAAUUUCGACAGUGCUAACAUCAUCGGCGUGAGGCCACGGAAUUCGAGUGAUAUACCAUGCAUUGUUACUCUCGAUGAAUCUAAACUUGAUGAUGUUGCGUAUGAUCUUAUUGUAAAAGAUAAAAAAUCAAUUACAUCACCAGUAUCGAGUGAUGUUUCAUCGAAUGGAUACGCUACACCACACGAACGAAACGAACGAUCCGUUACGACACGAUGUAUCGAUUGCUCUCGUGAAUCGUGGAAAACAAAACGAUACACAAGUGUUGGAAUGAAUACUGAAAUUAGCAUUAACCCUCUUCUUGAAAUCGAUUCGUUGCGAUCCAUGUCUGCAUCGAGUUCUUAUCAACCGGCUCAACAACCUAAUACUGAGACCACUUACCAGUCCCGCCCAAGAGGACGACCCCCAAUUCAACGGCCUGUUCCAAUUCCGCCACCAGGAAAUAUCGUUUACAGUAGUGUGCACAAGAAGGAUUAUGUUGUGGCUGCUUUACCGGCUGUUCCAAGCUGCGUUACUGAUAUUGAAUACAUGGAUCGUGGUAAUUAUCGAAAUCGUUCACCAAGAACAUCGCCUAUUCCACACAUUCAUAGUGGGGGCCACACGAAGAUCUGUUAUCCUCCGAUGAGCAAAACCAUUGAUUUAGAUGCUGUGCAUUACGAAAAUUUAAGACACAGACAUCCACCUCAGUUACACUCGCCCAACCAUCAUAUGGUCUUGGAAGCAGAAGGUGGGAAAAUGUCCCCAAGAAGGAGACCACGAAGUAGAUCGCCUGUUAUUCAUCAUGGAAAUGGUUAUAUUAAAGCAGAAGACGCCUUUCACCACCAUUCGCACAAAACUGACGACCGACGACACAUUUAUCACAGCGAGUAUGUGCGUGUUGCAACUCAAUACCCAUACGAGCACGUGCCAACUGUCGCAGCAUUUCCCGCACAUCACCCAGAACCUGAGAGCGAGCCACCAGUGUAUGUUUUGCCAAAUGAUUUCGACAUGAAGCGUGAUCGCAUUGAUCAGCACAUCAUGAGCUAUGAACAAGCUAAAGAGUAUCAGCCGAAUCAACGUGAUAUAUCGGAGAACGGUUUAAAACAAGUUGCAGUUGGCGCAGAGAGAACAUCACCUGAUGCCAGUGAUUCGGGAAAAUCGGGUACAGAUGAAACUUCAACAGCCGAAGUUUCAAAUGUACGCACGCUUUCCUGCAAAAUUUGCAAACAAACCUUUCCGACCAAAAGUACAUUAUACAAACAUUUGCGUGGUCACACAUCCGAUGAAAAACCAUUUAAAUGUCAUGAGUGUGGACAGGGCUUUACACUGAGUAGCAACCUGCGACAACAUCGUAUAAUCCAUCGAGGUUACAAACCAUUUCAAUGCGAAUACUGCGGCAAAAAGUUUAUGCGUUCUAAUGUAUACAAACAACACAGAAGGAUACAUACAGGAGAGAAGAUGCACAAGUGUGAUUUGUGCCCAAGUGAAUUUCUUCAAAAGUAUGCCCUAAUAAAACACAUGAAAAAAGUCCACAACAUCGAAACUUUCGACAACUAAAAAUAUAACAGAAAAAACUUUAUAAUUUGUUAUUAUACUGUAUUUAACAUUUCUUACGUUCGUGUUUGCUUCGUUUUACGAAGAACAAUAUGGCGGAUUUUAGUUCACCACUCUCUUUAAAGUUAUUCUUCGUAUCGUGGCGUUAACAAUGGGCGGUGUUGACUUUGAGUGAGCGUAUAGCCGCCAACUAAGUGUAUAUUUUUCUAGAAGUUUAUUCUAGUGAUGCUAAUUUAUGUGAUUUCACAUAGCUAAAUCGUACGCCGAAAUAAAGUAGAUAAAAACUUUGUACAAGAAAUAUUUGACCUGGUUUUAUGGUGCAAAUACACUUUUAUUAUAUUUAAAGUAAAUAUAUAUUUCAAACGUGAUAUUUUUAAGGUUAUUUACAUCUUUAAUAUAUUUUGUAAAUAAAAAUUUUAUUAUUUAGUGAGGCCACGGAUGGCUAUUAUUUUAUUGAAAGAUUUAUCUCCGAGUAA